AGAACCAUUGAUAGGAGAACAACAUGUUCAUCAUCAUCCAUGGAUGGUUUACUUCACCACAUUCAUUGCUGGUUGUGGUUCUUAUGAGUUUGGUGCUUGUGCUGGAUAUUCAUCUCCAACUCAAGAUGCUAUCAGGAAGGAUCAUAAUCUGUCUUUGGCAGAGUACUCCUUGUUUGGCUCCAUCUUGACUUUCAGUGCGAUGAUUGGCGCAAUAACAAGUGGGCCUAUUGCCGAUUUCGUAGGAUGAAAGGGGGCAAUGAGAGUGUCGAGAACAUUCUGUAUCGCAGGGUGGCUUGUUAUUUACUUUUCUGAGGUUCGAACUACAAAACUAAACUGUUUUAAAUUACACCAAACCAAUAGUUAAAAAUCUACAAUUUACUUAUGUUACAAUCUCCUGUCACCGAAUUCAUCGUGUGUCCAACUGUUCGUAACUCCACUCGAUCUUUUCUUUUUCUCCCCUAUUUUUUACUUAUGUUAAUUUAUGCUACAAGAUCCAUCUAUGACUUUUUUUUUUGGGGUUAGGCACUGCCUAAUGCCCAUUACGGCUGGCUGCCAUGUAAACACCAACCAAGUAAGCAAGUUAAACCUUCCUUUAAAUUCAACUUAAGGUUUUAUAUUGGAUAGUCUAUUUUUUUUUCUAGCACAUUGAUCUCAUAGCAUAGCAUAGCAUAACAUAAUAAUGUGGUAGCUAGUGAAUUGAAUUGAACUAAUUUUCUCAUAACAUUGGAUUGGUUAACAUUAGUCUUUUGGGUGCAGUGGCGUUGCUUUAAUUGGUAUGGCACAUUGAUAUUUGUCUAUGUUAUUCCAUUUUCGACUUUUUCAUAAUAGUUUUGCAGACUAUUGUGUAUGAUGGCCCACGUUCCCAUGAUGAAGAGAAUACAGCUCUUUAUCCGAUAUAAAUAAAGGUUGGGACACAAGAAACAUCCUUAUCCUUGGUACGUUAAGCUAACCCUAAAAAUAUUAAUUUUUACCUCUUACUUUGCCUUCUAUUUUCACAUUAACUAGAACAUGGCGCACGGGUUUGACAUAUGUAACAGUAAACAGUAAAAAUAUUUAUUAAUAAAAGUUAUAUAAAAAAAAGUGGAAUAAAAUUGAAACAUUAUUUCAACAAUAAAUUUUAAUAGUCUAACAUAAUGUUUAUUAAAAUUAUAUAUAUGUGCGUUAUUUAUUUUAGAAUUAUAUUUCUUUUUUUUUAGAGUUUAGAAUUAUAUUGCUUGUAGUAAAUACUAAAUACUACUAAUAAUAAAAAGGUAAUGCAAUAUGAGCUUGUAUUUGUGUAUGUGUUUUUUAUAAUCAAUAACAUGUUUCAUGCAAGAAAACUUAUUUAUAUGAUAGGCACGAAUUAUAUAUAUAACAUUUUUUUAAUGUGAAAAGAUAUGAUGAAAAAUAUGUUUACUCAAUUUUUUUUUAAAUUACAAUUUCGUUACCGCUAUUCUUUUACACCAAACAAAUCAUAAUUCAAUUUAAGUUCACACUGUGACCUUUUAAUAUUUAAUCAAACUUUAAAAUGAAAAAACAAUAGGGUCUGAUUUAUUUUUAAAAAAAAUAGUUUAAUGUUUCCUUUCCUCACUUUUUAUAUAUAUCUUUUGGCUUUUAAAAUUUUUCUAUCAUUUUUUUACCGUUAUAUAGCACGACUAAUUAUACUCGUAUACCGUAGGAGUUGAAGUUAUAGUUUAACAUUAAAAAUGUUAUAGUAGCCCCUUGUAGUAUACUAUAUUAAUACUACUAUUAGGUUUUAUUGUUUUAGUGUACUAAAACUAGAGCUGCCAAGAUUGCGUAAAAAAAAAAGAAGAUUGGUCUGGACUAAUGACCGACCUAUUAGCCCUAAUUCAAUCGGGUCUUCUGGCCCAAGUUCAUGUAGCCCAAACAUAAAUUUGGAUGGACGGGUUAGCCCAUCAAGUAUCGGCCCAGUCCAUUAUAAAAAAUAUUUUUUAUAAAAAUAGUAUGAAUAAAAACAUAAAACUAUCAACUAAUUGAAAAAAGUUAUAUUUACCUAAAACUUUUUAAGUUUUUAAUUUAUUAAUUGGUUUAAUUUUUUCAUAGGGAUCAAACUGGAGUUUAAUUGAUAUUUAGUGUUGAUGUAAAAAUUAUUUACACUUGAUAUUGAAUAAAUAGGAAAAAAUAAAAUGAAACGGGCCGAGCCAUUACCCUACAUGGCCCCAUGCAGGCCGGGCUUGUUAAUGUGUAGUCCAUUAAUAAUUGGGUUGAUUCAGGCUAGCCCAUGUAGUAGUUUUGGGUCUAGACCGGGCUGGAGCGGAUCAGCCCAUUUGACAACUCUACAUUUUGUAUUGAAAUUCAUUUUUAUGUUAAUAUUUCUUAUUCAAUUGAUAAAAUAUCAAUCGAUUUAAUAUUUCUUGAGACAAUAGAAAUAUUACGUUUAGUUUUGAAUAUAGUCAAAUAUGGAAUACUUUUAUAAUUUUUUUGGAGGUUUGAAAUAAUUGAUUACCAUAGUGGCGUUGUCCAUCUACUCUAAUUUAUUAAUAUUACUGCCCUAUAAUUUUUUUAGAACCUCAUUUUUACGAGGACAUGUGCCAUGGUUCAUGUAGCAUAUGCAUAAGGGGUUGGUCCUCGUCUUAACUCAAUAUCACAAGACAUUUUUCUUUGGUUGAUUGAAUACCACUUUUAAAAUCUCAAUUCAAUGCACGCCUUAAAAUCGUAUGAAGGAACUAUCAUCCUUUUGUCUUAAAAUUAUUUUAUUGAAGAACUACCAAUUUUAAUAUUUUUUAUUCAUGUGUGUAUGCCUUGUGUGCCUAUAUCUUUGUGCUCUAUCACUAGGUUCUAUGGGUCUCUUUGGCAAGAUCAAAAAACAGACUUCUAACUUAUGUCUUAUAGCUUAUAAGUUAAAAGACCUGUUUGGUAACAUAUUUUUCAAAGCGUUGACUUUACGCAUUCCUAUAAAAAUUCUAUAAAAAACUUACUCCCUCCGGUCUCAUAUAUAAGAAACAAAAAAAAAAUUAGAAAAUCUUAAAUAUAACCAAAAGUUACCCUAAUCAUUAUAGAUAUUUUCAAUAUUCCAAUUUUACCCUUAGUUUUACUUUUCAAAUAAUUUUCAUACUACUACAAGUAUAAUCAUUAUUACGGUUUUCAAGGCUUGACUUUACUUGUUUGUAACUUUUCUAAGGGUAAAAGUGUAAAUGUAUUAUUUUUUCUAUAUUUUAAACACUCUUCGUAAAAAGUGUGCAUUUUUUUUGUUUCUUAUAAUCAAGACCGGAGGGAGUACUAUUUAAGCUCUUAAAGAGCGCGUUAGCAUUUACCUUUUUUUAAUAAACCAUGAUUAUUAAUUUUAAAAUAGAAAAUUUGGGGAAUACACAUAGGGCUGGGUAAAAAACCGAAGCCCGGCCGAACCCAACAAAUCCGCCCGAAAGUUAGAGAUUUGGGCGGUUUAUAACGGGUCACGGGUUAGCGGGUUGAAAAAUACGGUUUGGACUGGGUUGGUACGGGCGAGUCCGGGUAGAGAGAACUGGACCGACGGUGCCCGAAUCAACCCGCAUGAAUAAAUCAAAACGACGAAUCUAAGCUUUUUCACGUCUCCUCUUCACACUUUCUCACUUCACCUCAAACAGUCAAACCCACGCAGACGAAAACAAUCAUGAAACAUUUUAAAACUCAAAACUUAAUCAUUCUUCAUCUUGUUUGUCUAACAUCGUUGAAAUCAAAUGUUAUAUUUUUAAUUUUAUUUGCGAUUUUAAUUUUUUUUCUUACUUUUUAUGUCGAUUUAGAGUUUCUAAGACUUUCCUUUUGUGUUUGUUUCAUGAUUCUCUCAUCUCGUUGCAUAUUUUUUGAAUCUAAACCGCAAACUUUUGAUUUGUUGUUGUUUUUAUUUUAUUUUAAUUUUUUUAUGUCUAACUAGUAACCGCUUCAAACCGUCCGACAACCCGCAUAAACCGCAAACUCGAACCCGCGAAAACCGCUCUUCAUUUUUUGGGCGGAUUGAGUCUUACCUUUUAACUCUGCGGUUUAGACCAAGUAACUUUGAGCCCGAACUCAUCCAUACCCGCCCACUACCCACCCCUAAAUACACAUACACAACAAACUUUAAUAAAGGAAAAAAUUAAAUAAAAGUUCUUUGAGAGGGUUGAGCAGUGAAUAGAAAAGAGGCUCUCGAUCACUUUCUCUCCCGCCGCCCGCCUCCGUCCGUCUCCGUACAGCCACACCUGGAAACCAAACUGAAGAUGAUUUCAACUGCAAUUAGGUCUUUGAAGAGUAAAUUGUCAUCACCUCACAAUCUUCCUCUCAGAAGAAACCUUUCUGCUUGGCUAGGAAAUGGAAUUGCUAAUCAUCAGGUUAAUAAGUCAGAGUCUCCGGAGGAAUUUGAACAGCGGAUAUUCAGUCCUAGGGGAAAUUCAAAAAAUGAUGCCGUUUUAGAUAAGCUCAAUCAACAAAGGACUCGAGAAAGGUCUGCUGGAAAUACCCAGGUGUUGGAUGAUCUCAAACGAACUUUUGACACAUUAUCUGAUGGAAUGGAUGGGAAACUCAACAAUGCUGCCAGAUUCUUUGAAUCUGAUCCUGAUGAAAUCGAUAAAGCUGAUUAUUCUUAUCGAUAUGAUACCACUUUUCAUCGGGGAGGAAAAUAUGAUAUAAAGGAAACAAAAAUGGAGAUGGUUUCAGUUGUAGUUAGGUCUUUCAUAAGCAAUUUGUCAUAUUACAAUAAUUUUCUAAGAAACUUUUCGACUCGGACAUUUCCAGCGGCUAAUGCAAUUUUGGGAUCUGCUUCUCUUCAUAAUGUGCGAGGGUCUGAACAUGACCUAGACCUACUUCCUCCGUCACAUGACUGGAGAAAUCGCAAAGGCGUGUUAGUAGACUCAAGAAACCAAGGAGAAUGCGGCAGUUGUUGGGCAUUUUCAAUAACCCAUGCCAUCCAAGCCUCUCUAAAACUUAAGAGAGGAUGGUCGGUUAAGGUCUCAAAGCAGGAGUUUCUUGAUUGUAUUAAUCGUGAAGAAGAUGGCAGUUUGUUAACACUUGACACUGCCUACAAAUAUAUAACUACUUACGGCAUUUCAUUGGAGAAGCAUUAUCCGUACGUGUCGCAUCAAGAUUCACGAUUCCGUCCAUGCCGCAGAACGGGAGGCAAUCGGAUCCAUAUCAGUGGAUUUGUUACAUUGAAAAUGGAUGAGAGAUUCUUAAUGAAAGAAGUGUUGGAGAGGCCUAUUACUGUGGGCUUGUGUGCUGGUGUCGAGCUUAGUGAAUAUAUAAAGGGAGAUAUUUUUGAUAAGGAAACAUGCCAUGUUGAGCAUCCUACACUGCCGGAUGAAUAUAUAGAAGUUAGCGAACCCAACCAUUCUGUAUUGCUGGUUGGUUACGACACAAGGGGUAAAAUUCCAUAUUGGAUCUUACAAAAUUCUUGGGGAAGGCACUGGGGGAUAAAGGAUUUUUUCUCGCAAGGAGAGAUUUUAACAUAUUAAAGGGUUUUGCCUAUUACCCCAUUAUUCAAGGUGAGUGUGAUAAAUCGAUUCAACCCUGAGCCAAAUAAAUUAUCUUGGCGUAUAUAAGUUCUUUUGUUUCAUUCUCAUAUUCUAAAGGGAGUAGAGUACCUUCAUGUUUUC